UACCUAAUCUAUUAGCGAUGUGGGAUUCUAGUUCUCACCUCAAACCAUGCUGGUUCUGACUUUUGAGUACCCCUUCACAAAAAACGUGGCCUGAAAGUGAAAAAAGGCUCAGUGGGAUGUUUAGGAAGAACCGUAACGUUCUCAUCAAACAUCCUUUUGGCUCUGAAUGAUUCAUUUGAAUGAUGGGCGAUGGUAAAAGCAGCUCUCUCCUACAUUUCUCAUUGCCCUUUGGUUCUAUACAAACUCUUCACACACAGAAAACUCCACAACGCUCUUUUCCCUCAAGAACCACUCGUUUCCGCUCUCAUUCUUGUUUUAAACUCUUGCUCUUCUAUUUCAUACUGCCGGGCAAUUCAUGCCCGCGUAAUCAAAUCUGUGGAUUAUAGCGAUGGGUUUAUUGGUGAUCAGUUGGUGUCUAAGUACGUUAUAUUUGGAGGUGCAGAAGAUGCACAGAAGUUGUUUGAUGAAAUGCCGCACAAGGAUGUGGUCUCUUGGAAUUCUUUAAUUUCUGGGUUCUCGCAAAUGGGGUGUAUUGGUAAGUGCCUAAGUACACUUUUUAGGAUGAAAUUUGAGAUGGGAAUGAAACCUAAUGAGGUCACACUUUUAUCUGUAAUCAGUGCCUGUACUGAUUUGGUAGUACUAGAUGUAGGCAAGUACAUUCAUGGGUAUGCACUGAAGUUAGGAAUAUUGUUGGAAACUAAGGUUGGCAACUCUCUCGUUAGUAUGUAUGGGAAGUCCGGGUAUUUAGAUGCAGCUUGUCGAUUAUUUGAGGCAAUGCCUAUUAGGAAUAUUGUUUCAUGGAAUUCAAUGGUUAUGAUUUAUAAACAAAAUGGGUUUGCGGAGGAGGCGGUUAGUUGUUUUAGUUUGAUGAGAAUGGCUGGAGUUGAGCCUGAUGAAGGUACUAUUGUGGUCUUGCUUCAGGCUUGUGAAGAUUUAGGUGUAGGAAAACUAGCAGAGGGCGUUCAUGGUUUAAUCCUUUGUUAUGGUAUCAAUGCAAAUGGAAGAAUUUUGACUGUGCUUUCGAAUUUGUAUGCAAAGUUGGGGAGAUUAGACACAUCAUGGAAGGUUUUCAGAGAGAUGCUUAGUCCGGACAGAGUAGCUUGGACAGCCAUGCUUGCUGGCUACGCUGUGCACGGGCAUGGAAAGAAAGCAAUGGAGAUCUUUGAAAGCAUGAUUCAGGAAGGCUUGGAGCCUGAUCAUGUUACCUUCACACAUCUGUUAAAUGCUUGUAGCCAUUCAGGGUUUGUCAAGGAGGGAAAGUAUUACUUCAAGAUCAUGUCUGAAGUAUAUGGAAUUGUACCCAGAUUGGAUCACUAUUCAUGCAUGGUUGAUCUUCUUGGUCGCUCUGGUCUUCUGAAUGAUGCUUAUGAGCUGAUUAUACACAUGCCAAUGGAACCUAAUUCUGGUGUCUGGGGAGCCCUCCUUGGUGCUUGUCGGGUUUAUGGUAACAUUGAGCUGGGGAAAGAAGUUGCAGAGCGACUAAUUGCUUUAGACCCGUCAGAUCCCAGAAACUAUAUCAUGCUUUCAAAUAUUUAUUGUGCUGCUGGUCUAUGGAGAGAUGCUUCACAGGUGAGGACUUUGAUGAAGGAUAGAGGUCUCAUCAGAACAUCUGGAUGCAGUUUUGUUGAACAUGGAAACAAAAUCCAUCGCUUUGUAGCUGGUGAUCGAUCUCACCCUGAGUGGGAGAAGAUAUAUGUAAAGUUGGAAGAACUGAUCGAAAAGGUUCGGAGGGCUGGAUUUGUGUCUAAAACUGAAUUUGUUCUACAUGAUGUUGAAGAGGAGAUUAAAGAGGAUAUGAUCAAUAAACACAGUGAGAAGCUAGCCAUUGCAUUUGGGCUUUUGAUGACCAAUGCGGGCAUGCCGUUAAUUAUAACAAAGAAUCUUAGAAUAUGCGGUGACUGUCACAGCACUGCAAAGUUCAUAUCACUGGUUGAGAAGCGUACCAUCAUAAUACGAGAUCCAAAGCGAUUUCACCACUUUGACAAUGGACUCUGCUCUUGUGGUGACUAUUGGUGAUACUCUCCUUUAUUGCAUGAUUUACAAAUUACAUCGUGACUGUCGUGUAACGAUCACUGAAAUGCACAAAACUUUUGUCUAUGACAAGUAUUGCUUGGCUAUAUAUACACGAAAUCAAAUUUUUUACAAU